CACUUUGACUUAGGAUUCAACAGGUCAACGGCUGGGGCCUCAUAUAUAUAUAUAGGGUAAGCUACUGAUCGCUCUCGGCUGCUAUCAUUUCCAUUACGUUUCCGGGGAAGGAAAAAGGGAAAAGUGAGAGUCUUCACCAUGAACAAGCUACUAGCUAUUGCUGUGCUUGUUGCUGUGAUCUCCUACGAUGCUGAGUGCUUACGUAUCAUAAGAGAAGUUCCGGAGGAGACUGGGACAGCAGUUACUGACACACUCUGGUCCUACUGGGACAACACAGUCCAGACUGCUAAUGGUUGGAUGGAACAAGUCAAGGGCUGGAAGCUGGACGAAAAGGCCAAGGACAUGUACGAUGACACCACCAAAGCUGUGACCACCUAUGGAGCCAUCUUGCAGGACCAGGUGUACCACCUAUUCUACACCCAUUAACAUCUGCUUGCACAGCACGUAUCACGGCCACCCUCCUCUCUCUCAGACACCCAACACAACCAUUCCUACACAGCAACCAGAGGACAUUACGCAUUGGACAAGAUCAUGUGUCUAAGGUUGAUGCCCCUCAGUACCCAAGAGUCUCAUAUUAAACAUGCUGACCUUUCGUAACCUCCAGCCAUGACUGAGUGACACAAUAACACUGACCCUAUAUCAGUGUGAGAGUAAUAAUACUUGCCAUGAGCAUACCAAAUACUCCACCUCAGUAAAGGGUACUCAUGUACAAUGCAAUGAAUGUAAAUGCAGCAGAAAAUUGUGAGUUGCUUCUGACACCCAUUGUUGUGCAAAACAUGCUGUUCAUCUGACAUCUAUAAAGAGCAUUGCUUUGGUUAAUUUCUAACAAAGUGCAUUUAUAGAAAUAAAUCAGUGUAUUUGUAUAAAGUACUAUCUUAUGCACCAUGAAGAUUGUUAUUUACUGAAAAUUUAUGAAGAUACUUCAAUAAUUAUAAUUUAUAAUUUUAAUUUAUAAUUUAGAAUUAUAAUUUUAAAAACACUUCAAUAAUAAUUUAUGCAAUAAAUUAUUCGUUUAUAAUCAUUUUUUGUUGAAAACCAACAGCUCCUUUGAAAAAUCAUUUAAAAUAAUUUGUGUAUGCACCAUUACAUAAUCCCUGAGAUGGACUGUGGUCCAUCCAGCUGCCUGUGGCCUCUCACGUGCGCUCCCUGGGACAGAGUCUCCCUACGACCCUGCACUGAGAAGGCGUGUCCAGGUUGGACAGAUGGAUGCAUUUACCAUAUGAAAUUUUCCAGUAUUUCUCCAUAUGCAGUGUGUAUAGUGAGCCUCCACAUCGUUUAAAACAAAAUGCAUUAUGUGCAAAAUAUGUAAUGUGUAAAACAAAUGCUCAGACUUAAAAAAUAAUUUGAAAAUACAAGUUGAAUACAGACUCAAUAAUUAACUUAGUCUUGAAUUACUGCCCUAAAUCUUUCUGGGAAGUUUCCACCAGUGUAGGACAUCCAUAUAUAAGAACGCUUCCUCCUCCUCGCGAGCUUCAGGGAUACUGUCAUCUCCGCAGACUGACAGUCACACAUUGGUCGCAGCUGCUGUUCUUCAGCCACAGUACUGUGCUUCGGCUCACUUCAGACUUUCCUCCCAGAUAAAGCUUCCUGGCAGAAGGCAGCGGUCGUUCUCUGAACCUGCCUGCAAUGGGCACUGUCCUGCUUCACUCCUCCCUUCACGACUGCUCUGGGGCCAAAUGGGGAGAAACCUUCCAUUUGGUUCUAGAAACCUCAGGGUGUUGUCUUGUUUACCUGCAAACUUCAAUGUAGGUUUCCUGGUUUAGAAAUUCUCCAAGGUAUAGUCUUGGUUGUUAUUUACAGUUCUUUAAAAUGGUAAUCAUGAUGUCCCAGGGUUUUUUUUUAAGCUGGAACUCAAAAUGUUUACAUUGUGUACCAUAUUAGAAAAUAUUAGUCUCUCCAUGUACCAAAGUUAUCGACCCGGAGUAUAGGGUGAUGACAAUUGUUGACCAUGGAGGUGUUCCCUUGCCCAUGUGUCACCAUUACAACUGAUGCUUAAGUACAUUCGUUUGCGUACCAGUAGAGGGGACCCUGUGCUCCACCAAGGGUACAUGGACCAUAGUUUGAGAACCUGUGAAAAUCCACAAAUUUGUUCUGAAGGUCUUAAAGGUUGGUUGAGUCUUAAAGCCAAUUCAUGCUUCACUUUUACACAUGCGCUUUCGGUUGAGGACAAGGGGACAUGAUGUACAUUUCAUCAUCAGGGAUUUGCUAUGGACAGCUGUGGUUGGAGUACGUGUAGCCCAGAUUUUUAUGCCUAGCUGAAACCUUGCACAACCCUGCACAUUGACCACACGUGCAAAAUAAUGGAUUAGGUAUUUCCAGUAGGUGGCAGUGUGAACUUUAACAGAUCAGCAGUCAGCGAUGAAAGAGUUGAGGAAAAAUAGUUGUUGUUAUUGUAGUAGUUAUGGUGAGCAACUGUAAUUGUUCAUACUUUCCUAACACUAUACUAGGUACUAGUAUACUAUACUAGUCCACUAGGUAUACGGUACUAUUGCAGCAUUUUGAAAUACCAGAGAUAAAAUUCUCUGAGCAGGGUGAGUCCUGGCUAAUUCUGUCAAAGAUUUCAAAAUACUGCAGUGUUCCAUAUUACCAUAAUAAUACUCAAGCCUUGCCUGAUAACUUUGCAGAAUCAGAAUUAUAAUCAGAAAUAACUUUAUUGAUCCCAGAGGGAAACUGCUUCUGCUACAACUGCAGACAGAGACACCAGUGGACCUGAUGAUCA